UUAACAUCAUGAGAUAAGAUGUUGUGCGUGUCCAGGCCCGAGCAGCAUUGGGGCGGACCUCUGUCUUCACGGGUUCAGUCACGUGUACGGUCUUCCAGAACAUGCCGACAGCCUGCAGCUCAGAGACACCAGAGAUGAUGAACCUUACCGGCUCUAUAACUUGGAUGUGUUCGCCUAUGACCUGUACAGUCGCUUUGGCCUGUACGGGUCCGUGCCGCUGCUGGUGGCCCACAAACUGGACAGGACCCUGGGAUGAACAAGUGCCCCUGAUACAGAGGAGGUGGAGGGAGCCUCAGACUGACGUCCACUGGCUGUCGGAGAGCGGCGUGAUCGACUGUGUGGUUCUGCUCGGGCCCAGUCCACAGCAGCUCUUCAGCCAGUACGCUCAGCUGACAGGGUAUCAAACCCUUCCCCCUCUGUUUGCCCUCGGGUACCACCAGAGCCGCUGGAACUAUAAGGAUGAAGCUGAUGUGAGGGCUGUAGACUCUGGAUUUGAUCGUCACGACAUCCCCUACGAUGUCAUGUGGCUGGACAUCGACCACACGGACGGGAAACGUUACUUCACCUGGGACCCCGUUUGUUUUCCUGAACCUGCCCGUCUGCAGCUCCACCUCAAGAAGAAGAACCGGAAGCUGGUUGUUAUAAGUGAUCCCCACUUCAAAGCUGAUCCUGAUUGGUCACUGUACCGCGAGGCCAGGGACGGUGGACAUUUUGUCAAGGACAGAGAGGGACAGCUCUAUGUGGGCUCAUGCUGGCCCGGUGAGUCCUGUUACCUUGAUUUCAGCCGCCCAGACACUCGAGCAUGGUACUCCAGAUGCUUCGCCCUGGAUAAGUACAAAGGAUCAACGCCGUCUUUAUUUCUGUGGAAUGAUAUGAACGAACCGUCAGUGUUCAGUGGGCCGGAGCAGACCAUGCCGAAGGACGCGGUGCAUUAUGGGGGCUGGGAACAUCGGGAAUUGCACAACCUGUAUGGUUUUUACCAGCACAUGGCCACAGUGGACGGUCUGAUAACUCGCUCCGGGGGCUCAGAGAGACCUUUUGUCCUGUCGCGCUCCUUCUUCGCUGGGUCACAGAGACUUGGUGCAGUGUGGACGGGUGAUAACGUUGCCACUUGGGAGUAUCUGAAGAUCUCAAUCCCAAUGCUGUUGUCUCUCAGUGUGACAGGCGUCGGUUUUUGCGGAGCUGAUGUUGGUGGGUUUUUCAAGGAUCCAGAUCCAGAGUUGCUGGUGCGCUGGUACCAGGCCGCCGCCCUGCAGCCGUUUUUCCGUGGUCACUCUGCUUGUGUGAGCAAGCGCCGGGAGCCUUGGCUGUUUGGAGAGGAGGUCACCGCUGCGAUCCGCACGGUGAUCCGACAGAGGUAUCAGCUGCUGCCCUACUGGUACACUCUGUUCCACCGGGCUCACACCUCUGGUCUGCCUCCGAUCAGACCGCUGUGGGUGGAGUUCCCCAGAGAACGAAGCACCUUCAGUGUGGACAACCAACAUAUGAUAGGAGGAGCCCUGCUGGCGUGUCCCGUCACUGAUCCUGGUGUUCAGGAAGUCAAAGUGUUACUUCCUGGAUCUGAUGAGAUCUGGUUUGAUGUCCAAUCUGCAGAGAUGCACAAAGGAGGCGGGACUCUGAGUCUUCCUGUCACCCUGGACACAGUUCCUGUGUUCCAGCGUGGCGGCUCGGUGAUCUGCAGGUCAGCAGGAAGUAGCCACUGCUCAGCUGAUCUCCAGCUGCUCCCGCUCUCCAUCACUGUGGCUCUGGACCCUCAGGGGGCUGCUGAUGGGGAGCUGUACCUGGACGACGGCCACUCUUUCAACUACCUCCACAGAAAGGCCUUCUGUCUGCGCAGGUUUAACAUGCUGUCAGGCCGGCUGCUCUGCCGUGCCGCCAGUGAAGAAGGAGCAUUCGACUGUGAUACUGUUGUACACUCCGUCACCAUCCUGGGCAUGAAGAGCAAACCGUCCACCGUGACUGUGCACCAGUCAGGUUCCGAGGACACCUCUGCUGAGUUUCAGUACACGGAGACCUGCUGCAGACUGACAGUGACCAGCCUGAGCCUCAGAGUGGUGACGGACUGGGAGAUUCAGAUACUGUAGGUUCUCUGUGCUCGUGUCCGUCGCCUGGAUGUGUUUGUUGCAGACAGGAGAGGCGAGGAGGAGGAGGAGGAGGAGGAGGACAUCAAAAUACAUUUAAACUGCUUCAAAUUGGGUUCAAAUGUUCAGUUGGGGUCAAAGGCGAAGUGAUUCCAGUGGUCAAAAGGUCAAAGUUCACGGUGAGCUCAUAUGAGAGGAAAGAAAAUGCAUGUCGACUGAAACUGCACCGGUUGAUGGAAGCAAACGACCGUAGAGCAGGAACUGUCACUUUUUAUACACUUUACUCCUGUUUAUUAAGAACUGCACCUUCAAUAGAACAUUUUAUAUAUUUCAUUAUUCUUUCCUAAUUAUAUUUUAGUUUGUAAUGUUGAGAAAAAGUGAAUGAGAGUGAAGCCGUGGUGAAAGUUUAUUUUACUUGAAGAAAAAAACUGUAAUAUUCACGAUCAGGAGUUUCAUGUUUUGGAGCAAUGUUGUGAAAGUUUCCUCAAUAAACGAUGUU